GGUAUGCAUCAUCAUUUAGAUCUUCAAAACUUAUUUGACGACAGUUUAUCCAUUCCCAGGACUAGUGUCAUUUACGUUAUAAUAUAAUCAGAAAUUCUUUAACUAAGAUUAUAAAGAAUUAAAUAAUAAGUUAUAAAAUUUAAAAUUUUGACUGAACAAUUUUUAAAUUAAAAAAUAGUUCAAAAAUACUCGACAUUGGCUAACCAAAAUUACGAGAUUAAUCGUUUGUUAAUAAAUAACUUAAUGAUAUUCUAAAAUGGAUAAAACCCCUUCAACCAGCGGAUCGAAUCCAGGGCCUUCAGAAGCUAGCAAUGAAACAACGUUUAAAACCACUUUUGUGUGCCAAAGUAGAAAUGAACUAGUCACAUCAAGUAUUUUUUGCAUAAAAAAUGUGCCAGGUUUGAGUUGCUAUCUGACUGUUAAAUGGGAGGAUACGGGAAAAUUACAGUUAAGAAUAGUGAAAAAUCAUAUUAAAUCAGCAGCAGCAACGAUUGAAUUUUCAACGGAGGGAGUACCCCCUCUAAUCAUGGAUCUGAGUGAUUGGAAAGAUGUGCAUGUUACUGAAUUUCCACUUUCUCGUCAUUGUAUCUAUUCUUAUGCUAAUGUACCGAGAUAUGAUUUAGAAGUAAUUUGUUCAGUAAUUUGGUACGGAUUUACAGAUGAACUAUACAAUCCAGCUUUAUAUAAACAUAUGGAACAUUAUUUUAAAAAUACCGAAUUCAGUGACGUUGUCAUAAAAGUAAAAGACAAAGAGUUUCCUGCUCACAAAAUGGUUUUAGCAAGUCACAGUCCAGUGUUGAGGACUAUGCUCACUACGGACAUGAAAGAAUCCAAUGAGAAUUGUAUAACUUUCCAAGAUUUCAAUGAAGAUCUUGUAAAUGAAUUGCUUACGUAUUUCUAUACAGGAAAAUUAGAGAAAGCUAACGAUGAUUACAAUAUGGCUCUAAAGUUGCUCGAGUUUGGAGGAAUGUAUCAGGUUAAUGAGCUAAAAAAUAUCUGUGGCUUGAUUUUAGGUAAUAAUUUAAAGCUUGAUAAUGUACUGAUUUUAUUGGAGUAUGCUCGGAUUCAUGAGUGUCAGAUACUGAAACAACGAGCUAUUGCAUUUAUUAUACUCAAUAGAAAGCAAUUAUUUGUUUGAAAAUAAUAUCAUACACUAAUUAACUAAUCUUAAUCAAUAAUAAUUAACAGACUUUAUUUUUUCAAUUAAUCACUUUUUGCAUUUUUAUAAAACUGAAAUCUUGUUAAAUGUUUCACGAUAAUUAAAAAAACAUUUCUC